AUGGUGAUGCCGGCGUACGCAUACCUGGCGUCCAAGGGCGGCAAGCGGUACAUGGAGGACGCGGUGGCGGUGGCGGCGCUCGGCGCCUCUGUCGGCCUGCCGGCGCUGGCGGCGGUGCCGGCCGAUGCCGGCAGUGGCGGUGGUGGCGGGUAUCUGCUGCUGGCUGUCGCCGACGGGCACUCGGCCGACCGCAAGGCCGGCGCAGACGCCGCCCGUAUUGCUGCCCACGCUGUGCCCGGCGCCUUCCUUGCGGCGCUGGACGACGCCGCGGCCGCUGACUCCCGCGCCCUCGCCAUCCCACCACGCCCGGUCCUCGAGGCUGUCUUUGCUGCCCUCGACGCCACCCUCUCCGCCCGGUCCUCGCGCAAGGUUUCGUUUGACUACGCCGGUGCCGCCGCCACACUCGCUGUCAUCGCCCUCUCGCGCUCGGGCACACCCACUGCCAUCCACGUCGCGAAUGCUGGCGACGCCACCGCUGUCGUGGUCGACGCCGACGGCUCUGCCACCGUCCUCACCCGCCCGCACACCAUCGACGACGAGGACGAGGUUGCCCGCGUUGUUGCCGCGGGUGGUUUUGUCUCGGACGACGCCCGCUUCGGCAAGCGUGUCAAUGGGCUCAAGGUCACUCGCUCGCUAGGCGACUUUGGCUCUGAUGGCACCAUCUCCACUCCGCACGUCGCCUCAGCCCUCGUCACUCCCGCUUCCCACUGGCUCGUUGUCGCCUCGGACGGUCUCUGGGACGAGGUAACACCAGCAGAGCUGGGCCCGCUCAUUGGCUCGGCUACCUCUCCCGCCGACGCUGUUUCCAUCCUCCACGCUGCCGCGCGCGCCGCUGCUGACGCUCGCGACGGUGUUCUCGACAAUAUCUCAAUUGCCGUCGUCGAUGUGGCUCCCCCGCCCGGGCUGGAAUAGCAUAGCUUAUGGCUCGCCCCACACUUGCAACCACACAGGCCUAUUUCAUUGAAUGUCGUCUUCCU